GAGCCAGCCCUCAGACAACUUCCUCCUAUGACUAGAAUGAGCACACACACACACACGCUCAGUCAGGGUGAGGCUCAUACAGCAAGCACAGAGGCUCUCUCCCGGGCAAGCCGAGGAUCCAGUCCACUACUCACUGAACGUAAGAAUUCCCAGAGAAUGCCGGUCUCUUCCUCCACCCCCCGUGUUUCCAAAACCGACACCGUUGAUGUGGAGUGACAAGAUACAGUAAGCAACGUGAAGGAUCACCCCAGCAGACAGUCCUGAGAGAGAGAGAAGCAGGGAGGAGGAACAGCUCCCCAACGCAGACACACACACACACAGGCAUCAGAGAGCCCUGUGUCAGCAUGGACCACCAGCAUGGCAGAGUGGAGCGCUUCCUCAAGCUGGGCUACUCCCACAGGGACAUCCUGCGGGUGUUGGAGAGCCUCCACCACGAAGCCCAGACCAACGACAUCCUGGAGGAACUGAUCAAGACCUGCCAGACCAGCAGCUCCACAGACACCACAAGCUCCACACCCAGCCGGCCUGCCCACAACAGCCCUCAGUUGAUCCCCAGAGGAUGUAGUCCACCACAGGCCAGCACCAGCCCCAGCCCACCACCCCUCCAGCUCAGAAACUCAGCAGAAAGAGACUCCACUGGCGGCUUUAGACCGGUGGUCAUCGAUGGGAGCAAUGUGGCCAUAAGCCAUGGCAACAAGAAGGUGUUUUCGUGUCGCGGGCUGCAGCUGGCUGUGGGGUGGUUCUGGGAGAGGGGUAUCCGUGACAUCACUGUGUUCGUGCCUCUUUGGAGGAAGGAGCAACCACGCCCUGAGGCCCCCAUCACAGAUCAGCACAUCCUGCAUGAGUUGGAGAAAAGGAAGAUCCUGGUGUUUACCCCGUCUCGCUGCGUUAACGGGAAGCGGGUGGUGUGCUACGACGAUCGCUACAUCAUCAAACUGGCCUACGACUCUGACGGCAUCAUCGUGUCCAACGACAACUACCGUGACCUGCAGAUCGAGAAGCCCCAGUGGAAGAAGUUCAUCGAGGAGAGGCUGCUCAUGUACUCCUUUGCCAAUGACAAGUUCAUGCCACCAGACGAUCCGCUGGGAAGAAAUGGACCAACGAUUGACAACUUUCUAAGGAAGAAGCCCUGGACCCUGGAGAACAAACAGCAGCAUUGCCCAUAUGGAAAGAAGUGUACUUACGGAGUGAAGUGCAAAUUCUACCACCCAGAGCGUUCCAACCAAUCACAGCUGUCCGUGGCAGAUGAGCUGCGAGCGAAGAGCAAGCCUGCAGCAGAGAGAGAGCAGCCGUAUGUCCUCCCAGCUGGGAGUCAGGGGAGCGGUCAGGAGACACUCAUGUACACAGCCCCGUAUCACAAGCCCGACCGCGCCACUCAGCAGUACAGAUAUCCCUCCACCCCGCCUCCAAUUAGAACAGAGGACCAUUCCCACAGGUCCUCCUCUUGUGAACUGUUCACCCAGCAGAGAGACUCAGGAAGCCCUGGUCUGCUGCAUCCGCCCAGCCUCCGCCUCUGCCCCAGCCCCCGCCUCUGCCCCAGCCCCCGCCUCUGCCCCAGCCCGGACACAGACGAGGCCUUCGGGUCCAUGGACAGCUCCUUGUCCAGGCUCUAUAUCCAGGACUCUUCCAGGAGCUACCCCAAGGGUGUGUCCUACGCCUACAGCAGCGGGGUGGCGGGUUGCAGCCAGGGCAGCGAAGACUGCUACUACAGCUUCGGGACACAGGGGCACCUCUCCUCGGGGGGCUACCACACCCCCGGCAGGGUGCCUCAGUGUGGCUGUGACUGGCCUCGCUCCUGUAAGCUCCCAGCAUGCAACCACGUCGUCUACGGCCAGCAGACACACCUCCGGGCCCCAUCCCUGCCCUCUGCAGGGAGGGGCUCCUACCCAGGCCCGUUCCCCAGAGAUGAGAACGCCCUCUUGGGCUACUACUCACCCCGGCACAGCCACAGCCUUCCAGACUACCCCUGGGGCCAGAGCCCCUCUGACGUGGGGGCAGGGCUUAGGGAAGACUGCUUCUCGGGUGAGGACAGAAGGAAUGUAAGCAUCCAGCUGAGUACCCUGUUCCCUCAGAGCAUGGUGGAGCAGGUGAUGAGCCGGUACCCACACAUCUUGGACAUGGACAAGCUGGUCCCUCUCAUCCACAGCUUCAGAACCAGCCACUGUUCCUUCUGAGGUAGCAGUCUCCUGAUUUCAUUCUUCCGUAGCAUUAAAACAUGCCUCAGGAGGAAGCUUGAAAAUGUAGCAGCCUCAUCUGUAUUUGCACUACUCUUUACGGAUGCUAUUUUAUUUUGCACCUAGCAUUGGCCUGGAGAUGCCUGGAGAUUAUCAAAACAGCAAGUGCUGUUUUUCUAUGUAGCCUCAAAAUGAGGAAAGCUAUACUAAAGAAUUGAAGGGCUAGUUGCCUGUACUUGAUAUACCUAAUGAUACUUUCCUGAAUGUUUCAUGAUUUUGUAAUACGUUAAAUAAAAGUACUUAUUUUUA